CAGCCCGACUCCGAUCCAGCACCCCGCCAAACUCCGGAGCCUUACGCGCGACGCUCUUGCCCCUGAAACCCUAGCCCGCGCAGCGGGAGCGGAGGGCCAGAGCCUCGGAUUCCUCCGCCGCCGCCAUGAAGCUGACGGUGAAGACCCUCAAGGGCACGCACUUCGAGAUCCGGGUGCAGCCCAACGACACCAUUAUGGCUGUGAAGAAGAACAUUGAAGAGAUACAAGGAAAGGAUAGCUAUCCCUGGGGCCAACAACUGCUGAUUCACGAUGGGAAGGUUUUGAAAGAUGAAAGUACAUUGGAUGAGAAUAAAGUCAGUGAAGACGGGUUUCUAGUUGUCAUGCUUAGUAAGAGUAAAACAUCUGGUUCAAGUGGAGCUUCAUCUGCCCAGCCCUCAAGCACUCCUGCAACCAGGCAGGCGCCUUCUCUGGAUGCUCCACGACAAGCUCCUCAACCUCCGGUGACACCAACUACAACUUCUCAGCCUGAAGGACCUCCUGCACAGGCCCCUUCGAACACACAUGACAAUGCAGGAUCAAAUCUACUAUCGGGAAGCAAUCUUGACACAAUGACUAACCAGCUAAUGGAGAUGGGUGGGGGCAGUUGGGACAGGGAUAAAGUCCAAAGGGCUCUCCGUGCCGCUUAUAACAACCCGGAACGUGCUGUUGAAUAUCUGUACUCGGGCAUUCCAGUGACAGCUGAAGUUGCUAUUCCAAUUGGUGAUCGAGGAGCAAACACAACUGGUCCAGCUCCUGGGGAAGCCGGUCUCUCUGGAAUUCCUAACACUGAUCCACUAAAUCUUUUCCCACAGCAGGGGGGUUCAAAUGCUGGAGGUGGUGCUGGUGGUGGACCACUUGAUUUUCUUAGAAAUAACCAACAGUUUCAAGCACUUAGGGAAAUGGUCCAUACAAAUCCACAAAUUUUGCAGCCUAUGCUCCAGGAAUUGAGCAAGCAGAAUCCUCAAAUUCUAAGGUUGAUUCAGGAGAAUCAUGAUGAGUUCCUUCAGUUACUAAAUGAGCCCUUUGAAGGUGGUGAUGGGGACUUCUUAGAACAACCUGACCAGGAUGAGAUGCCUCAUGCUAUUAGUGUUACACCAGAAGAGCAGGAGGCCAUUGGACGGCUUGAAGCCAUGGGGUUUGACAGAGCACGUGUCAUAGAAGCAUUCUUUGCCUGCGACAGGAAUGAGCAGCUAGCUGCAAACUAUCUUCUUGAGCAUGCCGGUGAGGAAGAUUAAGAGGGGAUACGUGAGAACUCUGCCAUGCUCUGAUUGAUUAUGUUCGGUGUAACAUAAACAGCAAGAUAAUCGUUCACGUCUGAAGGAAAUUUUCUUUUGUACCGUGACAGCCUUUUUGCUGGACAUCUGACCCAAAUUGAUGGAGAUCGCGGAAGUUCCAAAUGACUACGCAAAGUUGAGAUGGAGCUGACACUCGGAUGAAUUGAUAUCUCUUGUACAAGACCUAUAUCACAUGUUGCCUUAAUACACUUAAAGACAUGUAGCUCCACAUUCGAAUAGAAUGCUUCUGUAGUGUUUUGCUAGCGUUACCUUUCAUCAAUGUGUUGUGGUGAACAUCACUUCCGAUGGUGUAUGCAUAGGGUACAAGCGGAACACGAGUUUGCGUUCAUCUA